CUCCCCCCGCCCACCCUUCCAGGUGACCCGGAAAUUGUACUUGCGACGCCGCUUUCCUUCUCCCACAAACCCUUGCGCUCUUCCUUUCCAACCAGGGCCGGGGAAAAUGGCUCCCGCAAAGAAGGGUGGCGAGAAGAAGAAGGGCCGGUCCGCCAUCAACGAGGUGGUAACCAGGGAGUACACGAUCAACAUUCACAAGCGCAUCCAUGGCGUGGGUUUUAAGAAGCGUGCCCCUCGGGCACUCAAAGAAAUCCGUAAAUUUGCCAUGAAGGAGAUGGGAACUCCGGAUGUGCGCAUCGACACCAGGCUCAACAAAGCCGUCUGGGCCAAAGGAAUAAGGAAUGUCCCAUACCGAAUCCGUGUGCGGUUGUCCAGAAAACGUAAUGAAGAUGAAGACUCGCCAAACAAGCUCUAUACAUUGGUCACCUAUGUACCUGUCACCACUUUCAAAAAUCUACAGACAGUUAACGUGGAUGAGAACUAACUGCUGAUUGUCAAAUAAAAGUUGGUUAUAGAGGCA